AUGGAUUAUCCUGUUUACAUUAGUAGUGAUGAUGAUGAUGAUGACGUAAAAGACGUCAAACCCAUCAUCAAACCCAUCAUCAAGCAAGAUGUUUACAUUAGUUUAGGUAGUGAUGAUGAUGAUGACGACGAAGUAAAAGACGUCAAACCCAUCAUCAAACAAGAUGUUUACAUUAGUUCAGGGAGUGAUGACGAUGAUGAUGAUGUACCCAUGAUGCAACAAGGUAUUUACAUUAGUUCAGGGAGUGACGAUGAUGAUGAUGAUGAUGUGCCCAUGACGCAACAAGGUGGUUACAUUAGUUCAGGUAGUGAUGAUGAUGAUGAUGAUGAAGUACCCAUCACGCAACAAGAUGGGACCAACAUUCAUGAUGAGAGGCUUAUCUAUCAAGCUGCAUUACAAGAUCUGAAUCAACCCAAGACAGAAAGAGAUUUACCUCCUGGUGUUCUUACAGUUCCUCUUAUGAGGCAUCAGAAAAUUGCGUUGGAAUGGAUGUAUCAAAAAGAACAAAGAACUUUGAAGAAUUGUUUGGGAGGGAUGUUAGCAGAUGAUCAGGGACUUGGUAAAACAAUCUCAACGAUUGCUCUUAUCCUGUUGCAAAAGUUGAAUUCACCAAAGCUCGAAAAGGGAAGAAGUCGAAGAUCUGGUGGUACGUUGAUUGUUUGUCCAUCAAGUAUUGCAAAGCAAUGGGCAAAAGAAAUUCACGACAAGGUUUCUCCUAAACACAAGCUCUCCGUUCUAGUCUACCAUGGAGCCAACAGAACCAGAGAUCCUCUCGAGCUAGCAAAAUACGAUGUUUUCGUGACAACUUACGCGCUUGUUACAAACGAAGUCCCCAAAAACAACGGUAAUAGUGAUACUAAGAAGAAAGAUGGAAAAAGAAUUCGAAAAAGACUUGCUGGUGCACUAUCUAGAGUUAAGUGGUUGAGAGUUGUGUUAGAUGAAGCUCAGAUGAUCAAGAACUAUACGACACAAGUUGCUCAGAGUUGUUCUAAUCUUGAAGCCAAAAUGAGAUGUUCGUUUCGCCGAAGAAUCUCUACACCAAUUGAUGAGGAUCAUGUAAGAGGUUACAAGAAGCUUCAAGCUAUUCUUAGAGCUAUCUUGCUCCGACGUACCAAAGGAACAUUACUUGAUGGGCAACCUAUACUUAAGCUACCUCCAAAGAAUGUUAGUUUGACUAAGAUGGACUUUACACCAGACGAGUUGUUUUUCUACAAGGAGCUUGAAGCAAGUUCGCGAGAGGAGUUCAAGGCCUUUUCUGCUGCGGGGACUGUGCAAGAUAACUAUGUCUAUAUUCUUGUGUUGCUUUUGCGACUACGCCAAGCUUGUGACCAUCCACAACUUGUUAAGCUAUGCAAGCAACCUGGAAAUGCUCCUGUAAUUCCUUCUCUUGAGGCUGUGUUGGCAAGCGACUUUAAGUCAACGAAAAUCAAAGCCGUGAUGAAGACUCUUACGUCGCUUACAAAGCAAGGCAGGCCAAACUCUUUACCAGUAAAGAAAGAGGAGCAAGGCAGUCCAAAGGCUUUACCAAUAAAGACAUUAGUGUUCUCUCAGUGGACUAGUAUGCUUAAUUUGCUUGAGACUCAUCUCGUCAAAAACGGUUUAACUUUCAGAAGACUAGAUGGCACAAUGUCUCUACUAACAAGAGACAUAGCUGUAAAAGAAUUCAACAAUGAUCCUAGCGUGCAAGUGAUGCUAAUGUCUCUUAAAGCUGGAAACCUUGGAUUGAACAUGGUAUCUGCAUGUCAUGUGAUUAUGUUGGAUCUUUGGUGGAAUCCGACAACGGAAGAUCAAGCCAUUGAUCGAGCUCAUCGUAUUGGACAAACUCGGGCUGUUACUGUGACUCGUAUAACUAUCAACGACACAGUUGAGGAACGGAUAUUGACUCUGCAGGAGAAAAAAAGAGAAUUGGUUGCAUCUGCAUUGGGUGAAGAUCCUGGUGAACUAUCUGCGACUCGACUAACAGUACAAGAUCUCCAUUAUCUAUUUGGCGUGUAG